AGAAACCAUGUGAAUACCCAGCUAUAAAAAAUGGCAAGUUAAGUGGAAGUCUGGAGUACGGCAGAUACUAUUACUUUCCAGCGAGGCUUGGGCAGUAUGUUGAUUACCACUGCAGUAAUGGUUAUUCAACACCAAGUGGAGACUACUGGGUUCGAAUUACCUGUUCUGAAAGGGGCUGGUCUCCAGAGCCAAAAUGCCUCAAAAUAUGUCAGAUCAGACAAGUGGAAAAUGGUUAUUUCUCACGUAUCCGGAAGAAUUUUUACAAGGAAGGUGAAAGAGUUAGAUACGUCUGCAAUGAUGACUAUCGUACUGAACAUAAAGAUGGGGAAGUCACAUGCACAAAGGAUGACUGGUCACCUCCUCCAAGAUGUAUCCGUAAAAAACUGAGGUGGUACCUGCACACCAUGGUGAUCUCUGGCGUGCCCCCCAUUGCAAUACGGACAGAAGAAAAAUGCCAGAAGAUCCAUUUUGCCCAUGGUUAUUUCACCUCGCAAAAGGAAAUAUUUAAUUUACAGGAGACGGUCACCUACAAUUGUCAUACUGGCUUUGUAACUCCAGAAGGACAUGAAACAGGAAGGAUACAGUGCCAAGAAAAUGGCUGGACUGCAUCUCCAAAGUGCAUCACAAUAGAGUGUGAAAUGCUGACAUUGCCCAAUGGAGAUUUUUCUCCCAAGAAGGGUAAAUACCGCAAUGGAGAUGUUGUGAAAUUUACCUGUGCAAAUAAUUACCUAAGAGUGGGACCUGCCUCUACUCAGUGCUAUUACUUUGGAUGGUUUCCAUCACCACCAGUGUGUAAAGUGGGCGCCAGUGGCUGUGGACCUCCUCCUGCGAUUACCAAUGGAACUAUUGCUGGGGACUCUGUGGAACAGUAUCGGCAUGGGGACAGAAUGCAGUAUGCAUGCAACGAUGAAUUAAAAUUGGUUGGAUCAAAGGAAAUAGAAUGUGUUGAUGGACAGUGGUCUCCUCCUCCCUCUUGCAUUG